CGGCUCUUUCUAAAUUCACAAAGAUCUCAUUUUUCCACACACCGGAUAAGCCCCCCUCUCUCCCACUCUCCUCUUCCUCUUCCUCUUUCUCUUCCUCUCCUAAAUUUUCUCUCACUUUCCCGAGAAAAUAAAAGUUUCAAAUGCUCGCCUCUCGACUGAUUUUCUCUCCUUCUCCACUAUGACAUAUAAACAAUAAAUUCCCCAAAAAAACUCUGUACUAGUAAUAACUACUAAUUAUUUCUCGCCUUCUCCUAAUACAUAUGCACAAUGGCUACAAUUGCUUCUCUGUCUUUCUCUGCAAUUGGUAAAUCUGAGAGAAAACGCAAUGUCCUCUCAACUCCUGCUUUAGCUUCAAAUAUUGAGGGAUUUCGUGCGCGUGCAAACUUCUCCUGCCAGUAUAUUGGUGUCAGAGCUUCGAAUUCCACCUCGCGGCUUGUUGUUCAUUGCAUGUCUACUGCUUCCGUGUCAGAUCUACCUACUGUAUCUGAGACCAAGUUGAACUUUUUACAAGCAUAUAAGCGACCAAUCCCUAGUAUCUACAACACCGUAUUGCAGGAAUUGCUUGUGCAGCAACAUUUGAUGAGAUACAAAAGGACAUAUCGUUAUGACCCUGUGUUUGCCCUGGGCUUUGUUACUGUGUAUGAUCAACUCAUGGAAGGAUAUCCGAGUGAUGAGGACCGUGAUGCCAUUUUCCAAGCAUACAUAAAGGCACUGAAGGAAGACCCAGAACAAUACAGAAUUGAUGCACAAAAGUUGGAAGAUUGGGCACGGGCUCAGACUGCCAGUUCAUUGGUUGAGUUUUCGUCAAGAGACGGAGAAGUGGAGGGAAAUAUUAAAGGAUAUUGCAGAAAGAGCUGGGAGUAAGAGAAGCUUCAGCUACAGCCGUUUCUUUGCAGUUGGGGAUGUUUCGUCUACUUGAGCUUGCAAAACGCAAACUGAACCAACUGUGCUAGAACAGCUUUGUACUGCUUUAAAUAUCAACAAAAGAAGUGUGGAUCGCGAUCUUGAUGUAUACCGCAACUUGCUUUCAAAGCUUGUUCAAGCCAAAGAGUUGCUAAAGGAGUAUGUAGACAGGGAGAAGAAAAAGAGGGAAGAAAGAGCAGAGUCACAGCAAGCUAAUGAGGCUAUCACUAAAUGUUUGGGAGAAUUCCAAUAUUCACGCUAGUUGGCAGUAGACAAGUGCUAGUGGCUCCUUGUGAAUCUUCAAUCCUGUAUCAUGAGGUACACUUUACCAUCACCAUGUUUAUAUGUUUAUUUCCCUGCAACUAAGACAAUUUUCUUCCAUUUUUUCUAAAAAUAUAUUUUUUGUGCAUUAAUUUUGUUUUGAAAUACAUAUGGUUCAACAUUCUCCAAGGAAAUCCAAAAUAAGUUCAUUUA